UCUGACUAUGACAACAAGGGCGACAACCACUUCUAAAAAACAAUGACUACAUGACAAUGGACGAACUUUGGAAAGACAAAAUAUUUUGGACUCAAGAGAAAUUUAGAGAAAAAGAAGUUGUGCCCGAGAAAAGUGACAAUGAUUUUGGUCAGACUAACAACAUCAAAGAAAAAUGUGUUUCAGAAAGUCAAACGACAGGACCUGAAGGUGAAGAGACUGGUGACACUAGCGAAGGAAAACCAGAGGAAGUGGACGCUUUCAAGUCUAUAGAAAAUAAAGUCAUAGGGUUGUACUUUGCUGCAGACUGGUGUAUUCCAUGUCAAGAGUUCACAUUUUUAUUAAAACAAACUUAUGAAGAACUGAAAGAGCGUGUAUCACCAUUUGAAGUGGUAUUUAUCAGUUUUGAUAAGAAAAUAGACGAUAUGAAGACUUUCUUUUCAGAAAAACAUGGUGAUUGGUUAUCUGUGCCAUAUAAGGAUCCAUUAGUGGAUGUACUAAAAUCAAAAUACGAAAUAAAGGCGAUUCCAAAGCUGAUUAUAAUUAGAGACAAUGGAACGAUAAUAACAGAGAAAGGACGCAAGGACAUUCAAGACAAGGGCAUUAUUUGUUUUCGUGGCUGGUUGCAAAAGGCUAACCUGUCGGCUGCUAAACCAUCUGAACAGACAUUAUCAGACAAUGGAAAACAGGAUGAGACAAAACUAGUCGAGAAAAGCAUUGAGAAAGAGAAAACCGUUAGUUUCAAAGAGAACGUCUCAAGUAUUACUAUUGAGUGAACUAUAGCAUUAUAUGUGUAUAUAUCUGUAAGCUUUUUUUCUGACAGAGAAAGAUUAACUCACUUGUAUUUGUGUUAGUUAGUGACCAUUAGAAAUCGACAUCAGAUAUCAUAGUCAUAAGAGGCCUUGGUGCGUUUUAUUAAAUUUUCACUAACUUUUGUGCCAAAAAUUUAACAUCUUGCCAAAAUUUUAUUUUCAGCAUUGAAUGUAUAUGUGUAUUCUUGCCAGACUUUUAUUUCAUUGUUAUACUGAAAUAAGAAGCAUUCGUUGUUAUUCUCAAAGAAGAAGCAUGGACGAGACAUCACUUAGCAGACAUGAAUGGAAAGUAGUCUAGACAAAUAUAUUAAAGCAAGAGGACAACCGUUAUCCACUGCUUUUGUACUCUUAAAAUACAUUUCUGGUUGAACAUUUACAUGCUUUCUGUGCUUCUGUAACUAUAUAUAUAUGCAUCUGUCAGCUCUUGCCAUUUAAUAUUUUCUUGAUUUAUGAAAUGUUUAUAUCAUUUACAAUGUGUAUCAAUAAAACUAUAUAUAUUGUAA